AUGUUUUUAAUAAUAAUAUACAUUAUAGUAUCUAGUGAUUCUUUGUUGUGUUCUCCUGGGUGCAUCAAUGGUUGUCUUUUUGAAUACACAUGUCUAGGGUGUACAGAAGGAUAUGACAAUGAUACUUCUUGCCUUAAUUGUGCUCUUGAGAACACAAAAGAUCGUAUUUACUAUAUCAAGAAUGACAGUGGAUGUAUCAAAGCAACGCAGACUGUCUUAAAGGCGAGAAAUAAGAAGAUCCCAGACACGAACUACAUCACUGAAAUUGAUUUAGUCAAUGAUUACAAUUUCACAUUAGAUUUGAACUCUUUCACUGAUUAUGGGUUCUGUUAUUACACACAAAGAACACGACUUGGAAAAUGGUUUUCACUUGAUAUCACCACAAUAACAGACCAAUACAUUGUAUUUAAAAUCACUAAAAGCAGAAUUGAUGUCAAUGUUGAUGUCGAUGUUACUAAUUCACCAAAUACAUCAGAACAAACAGAGUGCUUCAUGCACACCAAAAUUGAUAAUACAAUGCUAUCUUUUGAUAUGACACUGCCUAUUAUUCACUCAAACAACAUAUAUAGCAACACGGGGUCCAUAUAUUACUUUUUUGUGAGUAUGGACAAUACUAUUAGUGUCGAUGUUACCAUCAAAUAUCAACAAAAUAACUCAAAUUAUAAUUAUGAUCUUUUCAAUUUCACACAACACGAUGCUGAUGUUCUCUCCUCAAAUUUAAGUUCCAUAUUGACGUGGAAAGUACCAUUAGAACAGAAAGGAAUCACUUCUAUGAGUGUUUGCUUCCCAUUUGUCACAUUGAAGAGUGUCCCGUUCUCCAUUCAGUUCACUGGUAAUUACUCUUUGUUACUCAACGCAACUCAGGAAAAUCGAAUGAACUUCAUUCAACAGUACGAUAUAACUUUUGACGAUUCUGGUCUAGUGAAUUUAUCUUGUUUAAGGUCAUGGGAAGGGCGUCGUAUCGGUGUAUUAGGUGAAGAAGAGCGAAUCGGGACUUUAAUUCAAAUUAAAGGAAGUGACAAAAAGCAGUUGUUUUCUCUCCUCUCAAAAGACCAGAAAUCCCUGCAAACAAUUCAAUUUAGAGUGAUUUGUCCCAACGAUUGUAACUUUAAUACCGGCCACGGGGUAUGUUCUGCCAAUGCUGCGAAGUGUGUUUGUAGUGAUAAGUAUGGAGGAGAUGAUUGUCAUUUAAAGUGUUAUUAUAACCGAACAUGGACAGUAGAAGACAACACCAAUUCGUGUAAAUUUGGGAGUCACAAUUGUGAUCAGUACUGUCAGUGUGAGUCUGGAUACACGUUGAUUAAUCAUUUGUGUGUUUCUGAUUUGUGUAUACAAGGAAAGUACACGGAAGAGAUGUGUGUUGCCAAUACGGAGGGGUGUGAUCAAAGCUGUCAUUGUGAAAGCGAUUAUGAGGUGACCAGAGAGAACAAGUGUAAACACAAGAUGUGUGGAAAUGGGAGAAUAGACACAUAUUAUGAUGAAGACAAUCAUUACAUUCGAAAGGAAGAAUGUGAUGGGGGACACAACUGUGUUAUAGAUGAAUGUAAAUGUGCGAAUGGAUAUAUCACAGAAGAAGGUGACCCACUGUCUUGUAAAAAAAAAGUUCUCUCUUCCAAUGCUAUUGUUGGCAUUGUAGUUGGAGGAGCUGCUGGGUUUGUGUUAGUUCUUUUUAUCACCAUUAUUAUUAUUUAUUUCACUGUUAAACUCGAUCGUAUCGACACUAAUACGUUGAAACAAAGACAGCCACAAUACCACUACUACAUCUCAGGCUCUUCAAAUUUCGAACAAUCAAAGAAAGAAAAAUACUUGUUGAAGCCAACGAACUUGGACUUUGGAAAUGUCGAGCAAGCAACUGAGAUAUUCGACACAAGGUACCAAAAAAUAGAAGUCAAGAAUUAUAGCAAAACCAAGUAUCUGAUGAUCAUAUUCCACGCCCCACUCUCGCCUAAAUACAUCUUCCACUUCGAACCACAAGUACUAUUUAUAUCUCCACAUUCCACAAUAAAAACAGUCACCGUGUACAUGACACUUUUCACAACAACAAAAAUUAGAAAUUUGAAGAUUCCAUACACUGUCUGGUUGUCGAAGAAUAAACAUGUUUUGAUACAAAUUGCGGAGUUAUUGAAAGAUAAAACAUUUGAAGAGUGGACGAGUUUAGACCAAAAAAGUAUGGAGGAGCUCUGUAAUAAAGUCGCAUUGCGAAGUCACUACAGCUUCACUAUAACUACAGACGCCGCGUGUUCAACACACAUCGACUUGGACGAGUUGGGCAUUUCAGAAAAGCCAUUUGCUGAAGGAGCAAUGGGCAAUGUGUUCAUAGGAAAUUACCGGAGUGUCCCUGUCGCUAUCAAGCAAUUUAAAUGGGAGAGUCUGACAGACACGGAGAUGGACGAAAUGAAGAAGGAAGUCAUGUACGAGUGUGACAUGAUGAGCAAAUUGCGGAAUCCCUUCAUCGCGAAUUAUAUAGGAUCGGUCACAUACCUUCCCCAAGUGUCGAUGGUCAUUCAAUAUUUUGUCUUAGGCUCUCUGAGUGAGUAUCUGCGUGAGGACAAAGAAUUCUACUUUAAACUGCCAUACAAAUUGAAAGUGCGAAUGUUGUACGAUACAGCUCGAGGUAUGCAGUUUUUACAUGAAAAUAAGAUCAUGCACUUGGACUUGAAACCAGACAAUUUGUUGGUCAACUCGUUGGACUCCAACUCGGCGUGUACCAUCAAAAUCACCGAUUUUGGGACGUCAAGAUUUUUAAAGAAGACUAAAAUUGGUGGGGAAGAUAAAGGACUUGGGACACCAAUUUAUGCAUCGCCAGAGUCGUAUCAGGACGAAUACACUUUUGCGGGUGAUGUGUAUUCGUUUGGAGUAACUGCAUGGGAAAUGUAUUACCAAGAAGAACCAUUUAAAGAUUUCAAGUCACUUUUCGAGAUCAAACAAUUUGUAGUCAGCGGUAAACGACUGGAGAUCGAUGAGAAAAUGCCAAAGGACUAUGCAGAGUUGGUGGAAGAAUGCUGGAGAAAUAUACCAACAGAACGACCGACCUUUAAUCAAGUCACCAAAAUACUUGUCGAAGUGGACAACGGCGCAAACAACGAAAAUAUUAAAGAAGAAGACACUGGGUGUGGCACAGAUGAGACCAUCGAGAGUAUUGUGCAGAAGAAAAUGCAGAGAAUGAAAGAUCAAUUGAAAGAAAUAGCAAAUGAUUAUUAA